GACUCGACGCCGCGGGAAGAGAUAGUCCCGCCGAGUCGUCGAAACCGAGUCGAAUUUAGUCGAUCGCUGCCUUCCAAACGAACAAGUUUGGAAAGUUUUUACUUUUCCUUCUAGUUGAGGGAGUGCGCUGAAGGUGCACCGGGCUAGUGUACAGAACCUGCGAGGCUCAGGACUCGACGGGGUAACCGGACAAUUGUGUGAUUUUGUGCGACAGUAAAAGUGUUUACUGGACCUUGAAACCUGUAUAAAUACAUUGGCGAGUUGCGAGUGGCGAUCGGUGACCCGAUUCGAGUUUUUGGCACAGCACCGACGUGUGUAUUGUUCCAGAGGUGACUGAAGAUAUACUUUAAACGAUGAGCAACAACGGUCCAGGGGUUACAAACCCCAUGCUGUACGACCCCCCGGAGGGGCAGGCAUCCAACAGUAAGCUAAUGCAGUUUGUAGCCGGUGUUGGAGUUUCAAUUGCCGCUAUCAGCGCCGGUACCGCGCUCGGUUGGACGUCCCCAGUACUACCUCAGCUAGCCCAGGGCAACAGUACUGACAACGACAUCGCUUCCAAUAGCAGCAGCAGCUCGGGAGGAUCUGAAUUUUAUCUCACCCAGGAUCAAGGAUCGUGGGUUGGUGCUUUCCUGGCCGUGGGUGCCUUCGUCGGUGCACUGCCCGCUGGCUUCCUGGCGGAGAAAAUAGGACGUAAGUAUACCACCAUGGCACUGGCGCUGCCUUAUCUCGCCAGCUGGGUGCUGAUAGUUUUCGCCAACGGAGCUGGGAUGUUGUACGCCGGGCGGUUUGUAAUCGGAAUUGCGACCGGAGCUUCCUGCGUCGUUGCGCCUAUGUUCAUAUCGGAAAUCGCUGAAACGUCCAUUCGUGGGGCGCUGGGAGCGUUCUUCCAGCUUUUCCUCACCGUAGGAAUCCUCUUCGUGUACGCCGUCGGUCCGUAUGUGUCCUGGAUAUUACUCAGCAUAAUGUGCGCAGUCUUCCCGGCACUGUUGAUUGUGGCCAUGCUCAUUGUGCCAGAGAGUCCUACCUAUCUGGUGAAACAAGGUCGUCGAAGUGAGGCUGCUGCCGCACUCAAGUGGUUCUGGGGUCCCAACUGCAACACUCAGAACGCAGUGGAGGUCAUCCAGACCGAUCUGGAUUCGGUAAAGGGAGAUGCUAAGCUAUCCGAUCUGUUCACCAAGACCACCAAUAGGAAUGCAUUCUUCAUCGCACUGCUGCUAAUGUUCUUCCAGCAGUUUUCCGGCAUAAACGCUGUCAUUUUCUACACCGUGCCAAUUUUCCAGUCGGCUGGAAGCACUAUGGAUCCGGCGAUUUGCGGUAUCGUCGUGGGUGUCGUCCAGGUGUUGAUGACCUUUGUGUCGUCGGUGCUGAUCGAUAAGGCCGGUCGUAGGAUACUGUUGCUGCAGAGCAGCUUCAUAAUGGGCUCGUGUUUGAUCGUUCUCGGAGUGUACUUCAAGCUGCAGAACGACAAGGUGGAUGUGUCCGGCAUUGGGUGGCUCCCGCUGGCCUCUGUGGUGUUAUUCAUCGUCAGUUUCUCGCUUGGUUUCGGUCCGAUUCCCUGGAUGAUGAUGGGUGAACUGUGCGCUCCGGAUAUCAAGGGGUUGGCCUCCGCCCUAACCGUCAUGUUCAACUGGUCGCUUGUGUUUCUGGUAACGAAAACAUUCGCCACGAUGCAGCUCUAUCUUGGCUCAGACUGGACCUUCUGGUUCUUCGGCUUCUGGAUGAUGCUGUGUACUGUGUAUGUAUUCUUCAAAGUGCCCGAAACGAAGGGCAAGACGAAUGCGGAGAUCCAGGCACUUCUGGGGGGAAAGAACUAAACGGGAAAGAGACUGGCACAAGUGUAGGUGAUAAAAAAGCGUGGCUUUUCGAUGUUCUGUACACAGGGGAAUACCGCUUUAGUUGUAAAAAAGUACUUUAAGAUUUUAGCAAAUGAUUGUUAUUCGUAUAGUUUUUUUCCUCUUCUAUUUGUACAUAAUGUGUUACGUUCGUAAGUUUAUAGCCUGUCAGAAGCAAUUACUCACACUUAAGCAGAUGUCUAUAUGGAUCAAAAUGUAGGUGUUUCAAGGAUUUUAUUUUUUACUAAUUCGAUAAACGUAUCAGCGGCUUAAGUAGUAACACAAAAUUUGUGGUUGUGUCGCCACGUCUGUUUCGUGCAUGUCUAGAUUGGUUCUGUUUUUGAAAUGUACCAAAAGAAUGAAGUAAGUUCAAUUGUUAAACAUAAGAGAGUCAGGUCAAAUUACGAAACAAUCCGAAACAAAGUUUAAUUUGUUUAGUUUAGUCCAAAAUAAAACCAAAAUUGUAUCAAUUAAGUAAGUCGGAUAAACUAUUACAAACUGGCUUAGGAAACCGUAAAUCUAAUCAUAUCAGUUUUUCCGAUAAAAAGCCAUAACACCUACAAAUAUAUACAAUCAAACUUAUACCGGUAAACACAAUUAUGCUCUGAAGAAAUAGGAAAUACCUCUAGAACCUUCCGAAAUUGAUUUUAAAAUCCAUUUCUAACCGUGAAACUAAACCAGAAAGAACAGAAAAAGUGCCAUAUACGUUUGGGAAACAAUGCUACGGCCAUAUUUCAGUUUAGGAGUGCAAGCUUGCGUCCGAAUCGGUUCCGCGUAAAGCAUUUUUGGGGAAGCUGUGAAAGCUUCAAUUUAUUCAGCAACGAUUCAACGGCUAGGGUGAAGCUUGAUCAAGCUAACAGUGGGAAAAAAUGCUGCUAAAUUGUUAUGCUUGAUGGCGCCAUCUGCCAUCGUGAAAUGUAUAUUUGCUGUGCUGUGCAUAGGCAGCAGUGUAGGUUAGGGAAGAUCGCAAGCAUAUUUACAUCACAUGUUUUCAGCAAUAUAAACGUGUUUAAUGUUCCAAAAUGGAUAUUGAAGCAGAAAUCAUGAUCUUACUCACCGAGCAGCGAAGAAUUAGACUAUUGUUGUUGUUUGUCCAGAACAGUUUUUGCGGGAGAGCUGGAAUUAUAGAGCGGAAGAUUCUAAAACUGACAAAUAUUGUCUUGGUAUAAUUAAGUCAGUCCCAAUUGAAACUAUGUACACAAGAAUAUUAAAUAGAAAUAUAAAUAAUAUAAUUGAAGGCGAGGAAGGAUGUGUAAUAUGUGAAUAAAGGCUGGUUGUUUGAAACAUAAA